AUGGAGGGGAAGCUGUGUGGUGGGAAUAACGUUCUCCUGGCCAGGAAAGCAGUGGAGCAGCUGAGAGUGGAGGCCAACAUCCAGAGAGUGAAGGUAUCGGAGGCGGCGGCUGAGCUGGUGCAGUAUUGCCAGCAACAUGGCCGCUCGGACCCGCUCAUCGCCGGAAUCCCCGCCUCCGCCAACCCCUUCAAGGACAAGAAGAGCUGCACACUACUCUAG